UUGGUUCCCAGCAUCCACACAGGGCUGCUUGUAACCACCUGAAACUCCACGGAGCCCCAGGAGAAUCUGAUACUCUUUUUGGACACUUGACACAGCAAGAUACACAUGCCUGGAAUAAAAAUGAAAUUUGAAAAAGAAGUAGAAAUAGUUUAUCAAAGUAUAACACUUUUGUUAAAUUGAUUACCUUUCUUAAAGGGCUAGGAGUGUAACAGGAAGGUGUCAUUGACUGUGAAUUAGAUUUGAACCUGUCCCCGAACAGCUACAGGAUUUCAGAAGCUGAAUCAAUGUUAUCAGAUGAGUUAGAAUCCAAACCAGAGCUCCUGGUUCAGUUUGUUCAGAAUACCUCCAUCCCCCUGGGACAAGGGCUAGUAGAAUCAGAAGCUAAAGACAUUACUUGCUUAUCCCUCCUUCCAGUGACUGAGGCCUCAGAAUGCAGUCGGCUAAUGUUACCAGAUGAUACUCCAAACCACACUAACUCCUCCAAGGAGGUCCCUUCUUCAGCUGUUUUGAGGAGCCUUCAGGUGAACGUGGGCCCAGACGGAGAAGAGACAAGGGCUCAGACUGUACAGAAGUCCCCAGAGUUUCUGUCCACUCCAGAGUCGCCUAGCUUGUUGCAAGAUCUACAGCCAAGUGAUAGCACUUCUUUUAUUCUCCUUAACCUAACAAGAGCAGGUCUGGGCUCUUCAGCUGAGCACUUCGUGUUUGUGCAGGAUGAGACAGAGGAUUCAGGCAAUGACUUCCUCUCUGGUGAGAGCACAGACAGCAGCAUUCCAUGGUUCCUCCGGGUCCAGGAAUUGGCCCAUGACAGUUUGAUUGCUGCUACUCGUGCACAGCUGGCAAAGAAUGCAAAAACCAGCAUCAAUGGAGAAAAUGUCCACCUUGGUUCUGGCGAUGGGCAACCCAAAGAUUCUGGGCCCCUUCCUCAAGUGGAAAAGAAGCUCAAGUGUACAGUUGAAGGCUGUGACCGGACAUUUGUGUGGCCAGCUCAUUUCAAGUACCACCUUAAAACUCAUCGAAACGAGCGCUCCUUCAUGUGCCCCGCAGAAGGCUGUGGGAAAAGCUUUUAUGUGCUGCAGAGGCUAAAGGUGCACAUGAGGACACACAACGGGGAGAAGCCGUUCAUGUGCCAUGAAUCUGGGUGUGGCAAGCAGUUCACCACAGCUGGGAACCUGAAGAACCACCGUCGCACACACACAGGAGAGAAGCCUUUCAUUUGUGAAGCCCAGGGAUGUGGCCGAUCCUUUGCUGAGUAUUCAAGCCUCCGGAAACACCUGGUAGUUCACUCAGGAGAGAAACCUCAUCAGUGCCAAGUCUGUGGCAAGACCUUUUCUCAGAGUGGGAGCAGAAAUGUUCACAUGAGAAAGCAUCACUUGCAGCUGGGAGCAUCUGGGAGUCAAGAACAGGAACAACCUGCUGAGCCACUAAUGGGCAGUAGUUUGCUUGAAGAAGCUUCAGUACCCAGUAAAAACCUGGUGUCUAUGAAUCCCCAGUCCAGCCUUGGUGGAGAGUCCUUGAAUCUACCAAAUACCAAUUCUAUUCUUGGAGUUGAUGAUGAGGUGCUCACUGAAGGAUCCUCACGCCCUCUGUCUUCAGUAACUGAUGUGACACAUCAUUUGGUGACCAUGCAGUCGGGGAGGCAGUCCUAUGAAGUUUCUGUCUUAACUGCGGUAAAUCCACAGGAGUUACUAAACCAAGGAGAUUUAACUGAAAGACAGACAUGAGUUUGCUGGCUCCUGGAGGAGGGGAUCUGUCUGACCCCAGAGUGCAUGAUGGGAACAGAUCUAAAGGCUCACAUUCUGCCAGAACUAAAAUGAAUGUGUGAAGGACAAAGACCUCGCCUCGCCUGUGUUCAUCUUCCCUGGCAGAGAAGAGGGGUGUCUGAAGGCUUCGGUUCAACCUCCAUCUGAUCCAGAAAAAGAAUGAGGCAGUGACUAUGGGCUGGAUACCUGUAGCUGCUUCACUUUCUACUGCGAAGUUUUGGGGUAGACUUCUCUCAAAAGCAAGUUUAAUGAUGUGUUGGAUGAAGAUUUUCAUUGUGACUGUUCAGGUUUUCCUUCGAAGAGUUUUCAUGCUAGACCCAGCUAUCUUUCCAUAUUGUUUAAUCAUGUCCUGCUUCCAACCACAGAACUUCACCAGGACAUUGAAUUUUCAAGAUGCCUUGUUGCUUUGAAGAAGGGAGUGAUGCCAAUUAUGUUGUGACAUUCUUCCUUUAGCAACCUGAGUAAAAGACUCUCAGCCAUUGGGCUGUAAAAAUAAAUUACUUGAAUCUCCCCUUGGCCCAGGCUGAGGUACACCUC